AUGGAGGAUUUACUUAAGGUAACCAAUAUUGUGGUUGGAAUUGCCCAAAAUUUAAACACUCAAGAUUAUUUGAGCUUUCAACAAGUUAACAAAUCAGUCUACCAGCAUCAUCUGUGUGGAUCGAAGGACGAGAAAAUGUGGUGCCAAAGACUCGUCGCCAUGGAACUGAAAUCCAAUAGGAAUGAUGUGCCUAAUGAUGUGAAAUUAGAGUGCUACGAUGCACUUACAAUUUUCGAUCAUGUUAAGGCAUUCACCCCUUCAACGGCAAAAAACACUUUCAUUCGUUUUUACAAGUGCUUUCAAGGGUUCACAAAUAAAUUGUACUACAAUGAUUUGGCAAAUUUCUUUCCCGAAAGGUAUUCAGAUCCUCUAACCCAAGCUAUCAUCUUGCAAAACAUAUCUAGAUACAACAAAUGUUGCAUCAACGAUUUCACAUUUUACCGUAGACUACAGGAUAAUUUACGGAUCUUACAAGAGUUAUUUAUCACUACAAUACUGAAAGAAAUGGAAAAAAACUUUGAGAGCAGGAAUUUCGAAACAGUUUCAAAAUUCAUUAAAGUACUUUUAGUUUGUCAUGAAGAAAAUACAGCCGUUGAUUUCUUCAAGUCUAAAAAUGAUUUUAUGAGUGAAGUGCAGCUUCCAGCAUCAAUUUUUAAUCCCGAUACCAACGAAUUAGAUCAGCGAAUAUUGAAAGGAGCCCUCAACACUCUUACUAACUUUUUGAAUGAAAAAAUAAAGCUAGUUGACAAGUUGUUUGGCGAUAGCUACCCCGUCAUUAUAAAUUAUAGCGAAAGUCUCAUCGCGGACAACCUUUCAGAAUAUUUCAAUAGUCAGCUAAACGAUAAAAAGGAUAGUGAAACAGACAUCACUAGAAUUGAUUCGAUGCCAGUUUUGUACACAUCACUAAUUGACCUGUUUGUGGCAAAUUUGACGGAGAGUCAAAACGGUGGGCAGAACUAUGCCAAAGUUGUUACAGAAUUCAUAAACCUGUAUUUUGAACCCAAGAUCGUUUCCUAUUUAGAUGUCGCACUUCAAAAGUUCAAUGAAGAUACUGCUGCUAAAUUUCUCAAGUUCCUUGACGAUACGAAGAUAAGGCAGAAAGAGCAUAAUGAGCAAAUUUACAAAUCUCUUAGAGAUAAAGUCUCAAAUCAACAAUUAAUCAAUGAGAAAAAUGACUUUUUGACGUCAUUCACAAAAAUGUUCAAAAUUUCAAAUAGCACCAAGACAGAGUCGAAGGAACAAUUGAAGCUUGCAUAUGACUUGAAUCUGAUGACUAGCAAUCUGAUGAGUAUCGAAUCUCUUGUGAGCUUAGAUCUCUGUUAUAAAGUUGUGGAGCAAUGUAGAAAUUGUAUCGAAAGAAUGUGCACUUUCUUGGCUAUCGACAACAUAAUUGAUACUGUGAAAUCAAAAUGUCAACAGGCAUUCAAAAUUUUAAUAUUCCAACUUUCUGAAAACCAUUUAAAACCUGGGUUCACUAAAGCUAUUGAGAUUUUACAGGAGUACAACCCUAAUGAAAUUAAGAAUCUUCAAAUUGAAUUAGAAGGGCUAGAUUCUCAGGUUGAGCCCCUAGUUAAGUUUACCGAGCUUAUCAAUACCGGGGAUAUUGUUCUACAGAUGACAUCAAUAUUUUAUAAAAACGAGCUUAUUCAGAAGCACAUCAUUGACAAGAAUAAGGAUUUUUUAAAUGAUAUCGUUCAGACCAAAAAAAAUUUCGAAACCAUGUUGGACGAUUACGUUGCAGAGGGUCUGAAUACAGGUAUUAACAAGCUAAUGGAUGAAGUAUUGUUUGUUUUUAGCACUUUACAAUUACCGGACGAUUUCAACCCUGAUCCCAAAACAUUAAGAAAAAGAGAAAUUAAACCAUCUAAGGCAGCUAUGAAAAACGUUGAACUUCUUUACAACCACUGUUUCUUGUUAACUGGGGCUACAGAUAAAGGCACCAUUGAUGUAUUUCAGCAAGAGGUCGGAGAACGAUUUUUCAAUGAGAUCGUGAAGAAUAUUAAGAAGAACCUCAUAUCAGCUGAUGGUGCCAUCUUUCUGAUAUGUGAUUUGAAUUUUUACUAUGAUUUCAUUGCCAACAAGCUCAAGCAAAAGUCAAUUGUACCGUUAUUUGCAGGUUUGAAGGCGGUGGGGCAACUUUAUCUAGUAUCCAGUAAGGACUCGAAAGAGCUUGGAAAAAUGAUAUGUGAUGUUGGCAGGUUCCAAGGAAUAUUCACGCAGGAAGAAAUUUACGAACUAGUUCAGAGAAGGACGGACUGGGUACGUGUCAGAAGAGACGUUGAAAAAGUGAUAUAUGGCCUUGGAGUAAGCGAUUGUACUAUAUUGUAA